AUGAAAGGAGAAAAAAUAUAUAAUUUUAAUAUUAAUAGUAAUAAUAUUAAUAAUAAUUACCAAAUGGAUAAAGAGGGUCAUAGCAAUUUUUUAAUACAAAAUAAUACUGGCCCCAUCACCAAUUGGAUUUCAUCUACUCAUUUUGUAUAUAAACCAGAAAGAAAUAGAUAUCAUUUAUAUGUUUCGUUGGGAUGUCCUUUUGCAUGUAGAGCACUCAUGACAUUGAUGAUCAAAGGUUUAGAAGAUAUAAUAGAUGUUUCUAUAGUAGAUUAUUAUUUACAUAACCCAGAAGGAGAAGGUUGGAGAUUUAUAGAAAAUUCUAAAGAAGGAACAACAAUAGACAAAGUAAACAAUUUUAAAAAAUUAAAACAAGUUUACCUUUUAUCAAACCCAAAUUAUGUGGGUAAAGUAACAGUCCCAGUUUUAUUUGACAAGAAAACUCAAUCAAUAGUAAAUAACGAAUCUGGUGACAUUAUGAAAAUAUUAAAUUCAGCAUUUAACGAUUAUUCAAAGUUUAAAAAUAAAAAUUCAAUAAGAGACAUAUCACCAAAAUCACUAGAGAAAAAAAUUAACAAAAUGAAUGAUUAUAUUUCAAAAUCAAUUAAUCUAGGAGUUUAUAACGUUGGAUUAGCAAAAUCACAAAAAGAUUACAAUCUACACUAUAACGAACUUUUCGAGGCCAUGGAUCGAUUAGAAAUACAAUUAAACAAAACAAGAUAUUUAUUUGGCAAUCAAAUUACAGAAACAGAUUUAAGAUUGUUUAGUAGCUUAAUAAGGUUCGAUGCAAUAUACUAUAGUUUAUUCAAAUGCAACAAAAAACAAUUAAAAGACUACCCCAAUUUACUAGGUUAUGUAAUGGAUAUAUAUCAAAUGGAAGAAAUAAAACCAACAAUAGAUUUCAAACAUAUAAAAGGAUUUUAUUAUUUAAAUCCAUUAAUAAACCAAUACGAAAUUAUACCAAAUGGACCUGAUUUAAAUUAUUUAAAUAUAACUUUAAACAAAAACUCAAAACUCUAA